AUGUCAUUCAAUAUUCAUCAUGACUCGAGCUACCUUUGCCGACAGCGCUGAAACAUAUCAAGCGACCCUCAGGAGCCUCUUUUCUGGGAAGCCUGAAGAAACCGAAACUGAUUUGGCAAAAAUUUUCACCCCUUCGUUUCAAUUCGACGCUGUAGACGAACAUCACGACUUUAAUGGCUUUGUAGCGCAUAUGCGCCGCUUGCGCGAAAUGAAUCUAGUUGUCGAGCUCACGACGGUGCAAUUUCUGCGUGAUGGAAACCAGCUUGCGGAGCGGCACGCAUCGAAGACGACGUUGCAGGAUGGAACUGGGCUGCCUGCCGAGACUUUUAUGUUUGCGGAGGUUGCGGAAGAUGGGAGGAUUGAGUGGAUCAAGGAAGUGGUUGUGAGAUCGAAGAAUUGAUUGGCGCUGGCUUUGGAAGUUG